AUGGUUGCAAAUCGAACCAUGAGCAGAAGCAGACGCCUCACCUUUGCCACCUCCACCACCACCGCAGCUGCCCUGGUCCUACUCAUAAGCUGCUCCUCCGUCUCAGCCCAAAGCGUCACCCCCAUUCCCUUCCAGGACAUGGCCUGGACCAGAGCCGGACGUGACCUCUUCAUCCACGGCGGCGCUGUCACCCUCAACGGCGUCACCCAGUUCUUAUCCCCCCAGACAUUUGCCCUCGACCUCUCGACCUCCUGGCCAGUCUCUGCGGCGCCCUGGCGCGCACUUUCGAACGGCACCGCAUCUCGAUCCUUGUAUGCAGUCAGCUCAGCCAACAAUAACACCGUCUUCACAUUCAAAUAUGAUGAGCCAUCGAGUUACACUGUCACAGAAUACGAUGUCGUGAUGGAUAUCUGGAAGACGCCCCGGGUAUUGACCGAUAACCCAGAUGUCUUCGCUUCAGGACUCAAGCCCGUUUUGAAUCCGAUCUCGGGGUUGGUGUACAUCCCUGGCAACACGAGCAUGAAUGAGUAUCAACCGGAGGGUCCGACCUUUUGGAGGACACAGGCGCUGAUCCCGAAUAAUACCUUGACUGCCCGGUAUUUUGGGUCGGCGCUAUUUAACCGUGCGAGGACGACUGUUAUGUAUGUGGGCGGUUAUAAUUAUGGGGUCAGCCCAACCCAUUUCGAUCCCCAGGUAUUCGUGACAGAGUACUCGCCCAUCAAACCUGGCUGGUCAUUACUGAGAACCACUGGAUCACCACCAGCACCAAGCUCAAACCAUUGCUCGGCCAUCAGCGACGACAGCAAAACAAUCGUCGUCUUUGGCGGCCAAACUUCAGUCGUGACACCAGCCUUCACAGGCGCAAUCAACAUUCUGACCAUCGACACAGACACAGACACAAGCACCUGGACCGCAGGACCCUCACACACAACACCUCGAGUCUACGCCGCCUGUGCCCUGGUCGGCGAUCAAUUCGUGGUCUGGGGUGGAAGUAGCGAUGGCACCAACACCGUGGUCUCUGCCGAACCCAUCGUCUAUGAUCUCACCUUGAACCAAUGGGUCAACAACUACAAGGCUCCGUCUUACUACUCGUCCAAUCCGACCACAAAGCCAACUCCAACAUCUGGCUCAGGAAUUGGCGGAAACCAAGGUUCGGGAUCGUCAUCUGCGGGAGCUGGACCGAUUAUUGGCGGUGUUGUGGGUGUACUGGCCGUGGUUGGAGUCGUUAUUGGGUUCUUGGCGUACAGUCGUCGACAAAAAACACGACUGAAGGAACUCGGGGAACAACUCUCACAGCGGAGCUUGGUUAUUGACAGCGAACGACUCGACGGUGGCGGUGGUGGUGGCCAUAUCAACUACAACGACAUCAGCGGUGGCGGCGAAAUCACCAACGCGCCAGUCUCUUACCCUAUACCACCAACUAAUCCCCCCAACCACAACAAUAACGCUAUUCCAACACACGACAACCAUGGCAAGCUGGAGUCCUCUCCAUAUCUGCAACACCACCCACAGCAGUACCCCCCCGCAGCUACUACCACCAUGUCCUCGCCACAAACGUUUGCCAACAACACCUUCAACAACAGCAACCACAACAGCCCUCAGACUCCCCAGCCGACACAACCAUCCGAUCCCCAGGGCGGCGUGGAAAUGUACCAACUCGAUGCAGCCGCUGACAACUACAGGGUCGCUGAGGCCAGAGGUCCUCAAGUGCACCAUUCACCAGGUCGCGCGCCUCAGGCGAUCGACAACGAGACGGAUAUGCCCGGUUACUAUCAUGGGCAAGAAUCUGGCACGAGACACCAGAACCAUCCUCAGGAAUACUAA